UUUUCUACAAAUAUUGGCGUUGGGUUCAAAGUCCCCUGCUCACACUCGCAAGUCGCAAGUUCCAUCUGGUUCCAUGGACUCUCGUCACUCUACCAUCUCUAGCUCCGUUUCCAUUUCUACUCCAAGGUUCCGGUGCUUCGACCCCACAAACCUUUACUCUUCCUCUCCCAAUCACAGCCGCCGACACUUCUCCGCCCUCUCUCCCACUUCCAUGAAUGGCUCCAUGGAGAACUUGGUCAAUUCCGAGCCCAAAAUCGUCACCGGCCCCUCUGGUUACGUUCUCGAAGAUGUUCCGCACUUGACGGAUUACAUACCUGAAAUCCCUACAUAUUCGAAUCCAUUACAAGUCAAUCCUGCAUACUCAGUUGUGAAGCAGUAUUUUGUUAAUAUGGAUGAUACUGUUGCUCAAAAGAUUGUUGUUGAGAAGAAUAGUCCAAGAGGGAUACAUUUUCGCCGUGCUGGACCUCGUCAAAAGGUGUAUUUUGAACCAGAGGAAGUCUAUGCAUGCAUUGUAACAUGUGGAGGGCUAUGUCCUGGUCUAAAUACAGUGAUCAGGGAAAUAGUUUGUGGCUUAUACCACAUGUAUGGUGUCCACAAGGUUCUUGGGAUAGAGGGGGGAUACAGAGGUUUCUAUGCCCGAAAUACAAUUCCUUUGACACCAAAGGUGGUGAAUGACAUCCAUAAACGGGGUGGCACAAUCCUUGGGACAUCGCGAGGGGGCCAAGAUACCUCUAAAAUUGUUGACAGCAUUCAGGACCGAGGCAUUAAUCAGGUAUACAUAAUUGGAGGAGAUGGAACUCAAAAAGGGGCUUCCGUAAUUUUUGAGGAAAUUAGAAGGCGUGGCCUUAAAGUUGCAGUAGCAGGAAUACCCAAGACUAUUGAUAAUGACAUUCCGGUUAUGGACAAGUCAUUCGGUUUUGACACUGCUGUUGAAGAGGCUCAACGAGCUAUUAAUGCAGCCCAUAUUGAAUCAGAAAGCUUUGAGAAUGGUAUCGGUCUUGUCAAGUUAAUGGGCCGGCACAGUGGUAGGCUUCAUAACUCUAAUAGGUAUUUUAACACGAGAUGUGACACCACAAAAUUGUUGGGUGAACUUGAAACAGGAUUCAUAGCAAUGUAUGCAACUCUAGCUAGCCGAGAUGUGGACUGUUGCUUGAUUCCAGAGUCUCCCUUUUAUCUUGAAGGAGCUGGUGGGCUAUUAGAAUACAUUGAGAAAAGACUGAAAGAAAAUGGGCACAUGGUUAUAGUAAUAGCUGAAGGUGCAGAACAGGAGGUUUGUUCUGAAAGCAUGCGAACCACAGACCAGCAGGAUGCUUCUGGAAAUAAGCGACUGCCAGAUGUGGGUCUUUGGAUAUCUCAGAAGAUUAAGGAUCAUUUCUCGAAAACUAAGAAGAUGGCCAUAAAUCUCAAAUACAUAGAUCCCACUUACAUGAUCCGUGCUGUUCCAAGCAAUGCAUCUGAUAAUGUGUACUGCACCCUCCUUUCGCACAGUGUCGUUCAUGGUGCAAUGGCAGGUUAUACGGGCUUCACAGUUGGCCAGGUUAACGGGAGACAUGCUUACAUACCAUUCUACCGUGUGACUGAGAAACAGAACAAAGUUGUGAUAACUGACAGGAUGUGGGCAAGGCUACUGGCUUCAACUAAUCAACCCAGCUUCUUGGACCAUAAAGAUGUAUUCGGGGAUGAGAAAGAGGGAGCACCAAAAAACCAACCAAUAAAUGGGAAUAACUAUUUACAGGCAACAACUACUACUCUUGGGGGUCCCAAUGAUGUCGCAGAGGAUAAGAAACAGCUAGAAACACCUAUGCUUUCAAUAAAUGGGAAUGAAUGAGACCAGCAAGCAUUUAGCAGCAGCAACGGCUUUGCAAAAUAACUAGCAGGACAUGUCAACUCGAACAGCUGCUUAUUUGGAGUUUUGUAUGUUUUUCUGGGGUAUCCCUCUUCCCUUUGUCCUUUUUCCUUUAAUUUUGGGCUGCAUGUUGAUCGUAGUUCUACCUAGUGCACCCCAUGCUCGGGUGAUUCGUAAGCUUGUAGUGUGGAAUUAUCCUACUAUAGAUGGGCCUAUGUGUGCUUGUUCACGCAAAACUUUCAUAAAGGAUCACUGUAUAUUUUCUGAACAAUGGUCCUCCUAUGUGUUAAAUCAUGCAUGAGAUGCUUCAUUUCUCUAAA